CCCUUCGAUCUUACAGUCCCAGGGUGUUGCUGUUGCAGUCCCAAUCAGGAGUUUUCAGCAAGGAGCCGUGUCGAUGGUACGUUCACCCUCGAAUUCGAGAUACUUGAGGGAGAAGCUCGGGCUUUCUCCCUGUCUCAGCGAUCCUUCUACAAUUGAGAUAAUUCGAACUGAUUUGGGUUCCAUAGGUCAAUUCCCAGCGCGCCCGUCGCCAGACCUCUGUUGGUCAGAAUGGUAGCCCCCUUGAGCGGAAGCCUGUGGGUCGCAGAUCUUCUCCAGUUCUCAGAAUGGGGGUUGGACCUACUGUUCGUACUUCUCGGGAUGCCUAUGAGUUGAUCAUGGGAGAGCGCCCUGCCUUCCCUCAACGCUCGUCCUCUCUCGCAGACUCUCCAUCCUCCGCUGCCAACCCGCCGAAGGUACCCUCGCCAGAUGUCGUAUCCAGACUUUCUCGCCCUACUGCCGCCAGUGCUGCCAGAGCCGUCAGUGCCACCAAGGUUGCCCCCAAAGUUACACCCAAAGCAUCCCCCAAGACCACCCUCAAAGACACCUCCAAAAUCACCCCCAAGGACACCCCCAAGGACACCCCCAAGACCACCUCCAAAGCUACUUCAAAAGCUACCGGUGCCUCUACGACUAGUGUUUCAAUGCCCCAAUCUGGAACUAUGUCCAGUUUCAAGACUGCCGGUAAAGGACUCAAGAACCGCCUCUCGGCAAUGAUUGCCCAACGUCGCCAGACUACACCUGUCUACCAAGCUCCCAGAUCCGCACAGGGACUGAGCCCAGUUGCCAGCCAGGAGAGCAUGGUGGAGAGCCCGCUUUUCAGCCCUCCGGAUGAUGCUGAGGCUCCGGCUCCCGUUGACGAAUUCCUCUCUAUGUCACGUGACCAGCUUGAUCGCCUUGUCCAAGCUAGUCGGGGAAUCCACGAAGAGGAGAGGAGGGAGGGGGCCAUUCAAGCCAUUACUGCUUACGGAGAAGCUCUUGUCGCUAUUACCGCUGCACGUAAGGCAAACAUGGAGCUGAGCGCGGCUAUUGUGAGUUUGUCCAGACGUACCACUGAUUUAGGUGAUGAGGCGAUUGCUGCGGUGCAAGGUUGAGGGUUUGUUUUCUUCAGCUUUUGCAGGUGUAUGUUAGGACCAGGGAGGGAAUCAGGGCUUCUUAAUUGCUUUUUUAUUGAAGGAACAAAGGCGUUUCUGUAAUUGCAAAGGGCG